UGUAACCUCCCUGUGGUGUGUUUCGUAGUUGUAAUUUACAAAACAAGCCUCGUGUAAUACUACAGACGGCUUUGGCCUUUUCUCACCGAAAUUCUAGUCUGUUUUGGAACAAUGGAUUCAUAAUACUUGUGGGGGAUGUCUUGAACCCGAUAAAAGUAAAUUUAUUAUGGUUUAGUGGGGUUACAAUGCUCUUUCCAUUAUGGAUAACCGUGACAAGCCUCAACGAGUCGCCGACUACUUUGUGGUGGCUGGACUCGGGGAGAACAGCAAACCUACAGACAUUGACAAGCUGGGGGAGGAAGUAUCUUCUGUGCUAGAACCCAUCACAGAUUUAGCUGUUAUUUUUAAGAGUCUGGGAGAAAGGCCACCACCAGGCUAUGAGUGGAUAGAGAAAUCUCCUGCUGGUUUUCCGGCAGAUUUGAAUCAUGGUUCUAUCAGGCAACCAUCUUGCUUCCUCUGCUAUAAGAGGGGCUCUGACAAGCCACCCCUCACUGAUAUUGGGGUGUUGUAUGAGGGUAAAGAUCGGCUUAUGUCAGGGUGCGACAUAAUCACAAACACCCCAUAUGGGCGGCCCGCUAAUGUCAAUAACAGUGGAGGCAGUAGAACAUAUAUAACCUAUAGGAGGGCCUCGCAGCAGAUGGCUCAUACUUCCCUGGCUGUCACUGAGAUCUGUGUGAUUGUUGCCAGUAAAGGAGAGAAGCCACCUCAUGCUUUUUGUAUUAUUGAAAGAAAUCUAAACAAGGGAAUGGUUGGUAGUGAUGUGUAUCUCUGCUAUCGAAAAUCUUUGUCAAGGGCAAAAUGCAUCACAUAUCAUGCAGAUAUCCUGAGCCGGUUUCCAGAGAAAGACUACGAAGGCUUCCCACUGCCGGAGGCUGUGCCCAUGUUUUGUCUCCCUCUUGGUGCCAUCAUUGAAUGCUGGCCAGAGAAAUGUCAACACCCUCUCCCUCUUUUCUCUACCUUCGUUUUAACUGGAGCAUCUGGUCAAAAGAUCUAUGGAGCAGCUGUUACAUUUUUUGAGCAGUUACCUGAAGAAAAAGUCACAGAGGAGAUGAGGGUUGCACUCAAACUAAAUGAUCAGAACCCCAAUCUUAAGUCAAUGGUGGCACACACCAAUAAGUGUAUCUGUAUUUUAUCCCACUGGCCGUUCUUUGAGGCUUUUAAGAAGUUUUUAUCUCAGCUUUACCGUAUUUCUGUGUCAGCACAACAGAUACCAAUAGAGAGAUAUAUUGCCAAUAUGAUGCUAGAUGUUCCAUUUCCAUCACCGCAAAGGCCUAGAAUACUUAUUGAGAUGACCAGAUAUGAGCCAUUUGAGAUCAGCCAGCUCUAUCACUCUCCUCUACCUGUCAGUGGAGCGUCGUAUUCCGCCAUGCUGCGGCACCUUGGACCUGAUAACUGCCUCUUGCUAUUUUAUCUCAUCCUGACGGAGCACAAGAUUCUGAUCCACUCUCUGCGACCUGCUCUGCUUACAAGUGUUGCUGAAGCUUUGACUAAUGUUUUAUUCCCUUUUACAUGGCAGUGUCCUUACAUCCCUCUUUGUCCAGUGGCUCUGAAUGAUGUCUUGUGUGCCCCCUGUCCUUUUAUUAUUGGUAUCGACUCUCGUUAUUUCGACCAGUAUGACCCCCCUGAUGACGUCACAUCCGUUGAUCUGGACACAAUUAUGAUCUCCCAGGCUCUAGAAAUCAAGCCAUCAGCUUCUUGGAAGUCCUUACCAAAGAAACCAGGAAAAGUAUUGCGUGACAGACUAAUGGAGUUGUACUACCAGCUUUAUCAACUCUACCACAAAGAGAAAGAAGCCUAUGGAGUUGAUAUCACCGAGACUGCCAUAGAGCUUGCUCCAUUGGAUCAUGACACUACACAUUCUAGAAAGAGGCUUGCUCUAGAAGUUUCAAUACAAGAAGCUUUCCUCCGAUUCAUGGCUGUCAUCUUGAAAGGCUAUGGGAGCUAUCUCAAGCCCAUUACCUCUCGGCCAACUCAAGAAACGUGCGAUGUUACGUCACUCUUUGAUCUGCAAGGUUUCCUAAAGAGUAGACCAAGCUCACACCAGAAGUUCUUCCAGCAGUUGACAAUAACUCAGAUGUUCAGUCGGUUCAUUGAGCAGCGGUCUUUCGUCACUUCCCAGGAUGCACUUCUGGCGUUCUUUGAUGAAUGUCAAGAGAAGCUUGAUUCGCCUAAGCCUCUCAUUGAGGUAGAUGAGUCUUCCACAAGGGGCGGACAAAGAACGUAUGUGGUUACCCCGCCUGAUGCUAACAUAAUGGACAAAGGAAAGAUCUAUGUAUACCCGACAUUCCCCAAGCUGGACACGAAGCUGUUUGAGCGGGAUAAUCAAGCAACACCCGUGGGUCGUCCUGUUAUGACACCUCCCCUGUCGCCCGUGGGAAGGAGAACUAAACAAGAGAGGGCGCAAUCAAUUUUGAGUGCCAAGAAGAAUGCUGGAAGUCCUGUCCAAUGGGCGAGGUGUCUUCUAGCUGAGUGUUACAGCUUGUGGUUCAUUCAUCUUCCUGCUUAUGUCAAAUGCCAUCACAACAAAGCGAAAGCUCUGCACUUCGCAUACGAGAUUCUGUGUAAAAUGCCGACUAAGGGAGUCAAGUUAACAGAUGAGGUGUGCUUUCGAGUUUUCAUGCAACUCUGCGGCCAAUUCGGACACCCUGCCUUAGCGGUCAAGGUUCUUUUUGAGAUGAAGACACAAGGGCUUACUCCAAACGCUGUCACGUAUGGCUACUACAACAGAGCUGUGAUGGAGGGGAAAUGGCCAUCCAACACGACAAGUUCGCACAUGUGGAAUAAGCUCAGGAACUUCUUUGCCGCCGUUCACGAAUUUCGCAAGCUGGGUCUUGUGCGGCAUCAUGCUAGAGAGGGAUCUCUCUCUCCUACAAGCCUUAACAGCGACGAAGACCUUCCCGACUCACCCAGAAUGAAGGGACUGUUACGACGACCAGGUCGCCCGCGUACACCUACACGAGAGGAAGAGCACAGACUCUUAAGCGCAGACUCAGAUACACCUGGAGUCACAAGCCCCGCCUCGCACCACGGGGGCCACCACACCCCAGGUACCCCCCUAGGUAUUAGGGGGCGCCGUGUCAGAACCACCAGUGAGAUCUCAAACUUGUCCGAAACUGCUGAUUUGGACACUUCGUUAACAUCCAUCGACGGAGCAGGCAUGUCCCUCUCAUUCCGGUCUCGUCGUCUGAACUAUGGCCGGACAAUAAGCGAGACGUCUAUUUCGGCAUUCAGCGAUGGUUCUCGGCAUGAUACAAUGUUUAUUAAUGCAAGCAACGAAGGGGUAGACCAAUCGGAGCCGUACGAGGAUACAACUGGCGCGCUGGAUGACAUCAUCUUCGGACUGCCACCUGGACUGCAGCCUGACACCGCCCUGGAGGCGCAACUAUGCUCCUGUUACCAGUGUGUCAAGUGCGGUCGGUUCUUGUACGACGAGGAGAUCAUGGCAGGGUGGACUGCUGAUGAUUCCAACCUCAACACAAGCUGUACUUUCUGCACCACACAGCAAGUGGCUUCCAUUACUGUCAAGAUCAAGGACUAUCGCAAUUGCUUCUCAUCUCGACCGAGCUCAGACCUGACUGCCAGCUUGAACAGCCUGGGUAGCCCAGACAUGGCUGGGCCAGGCCCUGGAAGUACUAACCCCCUCCCCCAGGUGAUGCACUCUUCAAGACCGCUGAUUGGUCUAGAGGAUGAUGACGACACAUUUGACCCUGUCAGCAAAUCUGUGCCGAAAACAAUAGAGGCGAGCUUUAUGAUGAACAGACAGAACAGCCCUCCCAUGAGUAUGGCAAUGUCCUCUCAAACGUCGAACCCAGUCCCUAUCCGCCGGCCAAAGUACAGCGUCAGCGCCCCUUCUAGCGCUAGUGCCAGUCCCACAGGAAGUUUCCACGGUAGCCCACGGAUGGGGGGCCUGUUCCCGAGAGUACGGAGUAGCAACAGUACAUGCAGCUAUGGCAGCAACUGGUUCGUAACACGCCCACCAGAAGAGCGGGACUCGAUCACAGUGGCGUACGUGAGCCCUCUGGUCCUACGCAAAGAACUCGAAAACAUGCUGGAUAACGAUGGCGAUGCGGCGCUACAGAACCCAGACAUCGUCCACCAGAAAGACAUAAUCUUCUGGAACAUGAUGUGGAUUUUCAAACGGCUGGAGUUACCUUCACAUCUUCCGGAGCUGAUUCUGCCGAAUUACCCAGGCGACCGUAACGACAAGUUUGACGAACGUCGUUCUACUAUUGGCAGCCAGGUUCUGAUGUCAACAUCGUGGGACAGUGAUCGACAGGACUGCGACUUUGUGCCCAUGUACGUGCUGUGGAACUCUCCAAGCGAUCAUCAGAUCACAGACAAGAUUCUUACGUCUCGAAGUGUUAUGCAGUCAGUUGUUGCCCACAUACAGAUCAACGAUGUGGAUAGCCCUAUCACAAUAUUGUUGGACGAGCGUAACAGACAGAGGUCUUUGAACCCACACAAGCGAUGGAGCGUCUAUCGUGAACUGCUUUUCCUGUCUCUAACUGCCUGCGGAUCCGAACACAUCGAUGUCGAGGCGUAUGACCGCGAGUACCGAAAGUCCUACAAGCGCAUCGUGGAGAACAAAGAGUACGUCGACAAACUGUGUACGGAGGACAAACCGCCGUCCGCGCGGGUAGUGUUCUGCAGGCGCUUGUUUACGCCACCCGCACUCCAGCCCAGGCUCCCGCACUUCCUCAACAACAUGAACCUGCUAUGAGCAGACAGGAAGCCCACGCAAAAGAUAGGAUCAUUUACACGAGCAGACCUUGGUGUGAAAACGGGUAAUUGAGCAGGGGUCCCAAAAAAGCACGUUGAGAUACCACAGUUCACGCGGAGAAAAGGGCUGUUUACUAAAGCUCAGCGUGGAUUUGGAUUGGAGACACGCUAGCCCAUAUUGCUGUAAGGGAGGACAGCAUAAGUACCCAAACCUGCUGAAAAACACAGGAAGCCCAAGUUGAGGAAUGUACCUCUUGCAGAAGCACAGCUUGCUGUAAAUUUGGCAACACAGGGAUCCCGUGUAGUCUGCAUACGGGACAUAGCAGGGUUUACAUUAUUCUUAGCGGUUAUACCCAAAUACGACACAGGAAACCCAAGAUCUUUUUCAGAGCCAAUGGGACCGUCAUGGUAAAAAGUUAUACUUGGAGACAACACAGGAAACCCAAGCUCCCCUUCAGAGCCAAUUUGGCCCUCAAGGUAAAAAGUUAUACUUGGAGACAACACAGGAAACCCAAGCUCCCCUUCAGAGCCAAUUGGGCCCUCAAGGUAACAAGUCACACUUGGAGACAACACAGGAAACCCAAGCUCCCCUUCAGAGCCAAUUGGGCCCUCAAGGUAACAAGUUAUAUCCUGAGACAACACAGGAAACCCAAGCUCCCCUUCAGAGCCAAUUGGGCCCUCAAGGUAACAAGUUAUACUUGGAGACAACACAGGAAACUCAAGGUCCCUUUCAGAGCCAAUUGGGCCCUCAAGGUAACAAGUCGCACUUGGAGACAACACAGGAAACCCAAGCUCCCCUUCAGAGCCAAUUGGGCCCUCAAGGUAACAAGUCGCACUUGGAGACAACACAGGAAACCCAAGCUCCCCUUCAGAGCCAAUUGGGCCCUCAAGGUAACAAGUUAUACUUGGAGACAACACAGGAAACCCAAGCUCCCCUUCAGAGCCAAUUGGGCCCUCAAGGUAACAAGUUAUAUCCUGAGACAACACAGGAAACCCAAGCUCCCCUUCAGAGCCAAUUUGGCCCUCAAGGUAACAAGUUAUAUCCUAAGACAACACAGGAAACCCAAGCUCCCCUUCAGAGCCAAUGAGGCCCUCAAGGUGUUAAGUUAUACCCGGAGACAACACAGGAAACCCAUGACCUGCUUCAGGGCGAAUGAUACAACUGUUGAUACUGCUGACUGGGAGAGUACGAGGCUGACCGCUGACCGUAACAGUGCGUUCCGCGUCUGUCAACUUCUAGCCUUGUAUAGCUAAUGAAGACUUUAACAUUACUAUAAUUUACAAAAGGGAUCUUGUAUUCUACAUAUCAAGAUUUGAUAGGUACACAGUCUUUACAAAUUUAUGCGUAGAUUUUCCAUUUUUUACUGCCUUUAAUCUCUCCUAUUUUAGCUAUCUUGAAUUCAACCUUAGUAGCAUCCUAGAGUUAGAUUUAAUAGUUUAUUUAUCAUUACUUAAAAAUCCAUAUUUUAUCUUAUCUUUGUGGCUUGUCAUUCUUGCACGACAUAUUUCUGGUGCAGGACAUCUCAAACUAUUGUGAAACAGAUCUGUGAUUGGUGCGUGAAACAUCAGUGAUUGGUGUGUUAUAAAUCUUUGAUUGGUGCGUGGUCCAUAAACUCUGAUUGUAACGUCACACCUUUGACUGUUGUGAAUAUAUUAUCAUUAAAACCCAACUGGAAGUCCACCACAUAGUGCAAUACACUUUGAUAGGAUGUAAUAUAAUAGUGAAAUAGUACUGUUUAAAAAAUGUUGAAAUAUUUUGCUCGUUUUUGUAUUGUAUCUGUACAUUUGACAGGCUAGUUGGAUGCUUUUUAAAGCAUUUAUCUAGCCCUUGAGAUGUUCCAGAAAUAGUUCCCAACGGAGGAGAUUCUCUCAGAGGUCUUGAAGGGGUUUCUCGAGUUACAGUGAUUGUAUGGAAACAAAAUGUAGUUCCCAAUUUCCUCCGUUGGCUGGGACUAUUAUAUAACUGCUUUUCAUGGAACCAUACAUAAUUGUUUAAAAUAACGACGACCCAUGCAUAAUAUAUGCUAUCUAUAAUCUCUAGAGGAUGUCCUUAUGCGAAAUGAGAUGACAGGAGAAUUUAGAGAAAUAAAAGUUAUCAACUAAA